AUAGCGGGAAAGAGCUUUGCGUUGUGUACUUGGGAAGACAUUCCGAGGGCGAAGGAAAAUUCCCUGCCCGCCGCGUCCCCUUCAGGGAGCUGGACCCUGGAGCGGCUGCGGGCGGCAUGGGGCUGCCAGCGGGGCGCUCGGCGUCCCGGAGCCGGGGCACUGCGGGCCGGCGCCCGGCCGUCCUGCCGCUCCUGCUGCUGCUGCUGUGCCCGGGCGCCUACGGGGCUGCGGCGCCUGGCGAGGCGGAGGCACCCAUCCUCUAUCUGUGGAAGACUGGUCCGUGGGGCCGAUGCAUGGGAGACGGAUGUGGCCCAGGAGGCAUUCAGACCCGAGCUGUGUGGUGUGCACAUGUGGAAGGAUGGACAACGUUGCAUACAAACUGCAAGCCGGCCGAGAGACCCAGUAACCAGCAGAAUUGUUUCAAAGUCUGUGACUGGCACAAAGAGUUGUACGACUGGAGGCUGGGGCCGUGGAAUCAGUGUCAGCCGGUGAUUUCAAAAAGCCUGGAGAAACCCCUGGAGUGCGUUAAGGGAGAGGAAGGCAUUCAGGUGCGGGAGAUAACGUGCAUCGAAAAAGAGAAAGAUGUCCCUGCGGAGGAUAUCAUCUGUGAGUACUUCGAGCCCAAGCCGCUCCUGGAGCAGGCCUGCCUCAUCCCCUGCCGGCAGGACUGCAUCGUGUCCGAGUUUUCCGCCUGGUCUGAAUGCUCCAAGACGUGCGGCAGCGGGCUCCAGCACCGGACGCGUCACGUGGUGGCGCCCCCCCAGUUCGGUGGCUCGGGGUGCCCGAACCUGACGGAGUUUCAGGUGUGCCAGUCCGGCCCCUGCGAGGCCGAGGAGCGCAUGUACAGCUUGCAGGUGGGGCCCUGGAGCACGUGCUCGAUGCCCCACUCGAGACAAGUGAGACAGGCCAGGAGACGGGGGAAGAGUAAAGAGCGGGACAAGGAGCGAGGGAAAGGGGUAAAGGAUCCAGAGGCCCGUGAACUGAUCAAGAAGAAGAGAAACAGAAACAGGCAGAACCGCCAAGAGAACAAAUACUGGGACAUCCAGAUUGGAUACCAGACCAGAGAGGUUAUGUGCGUGAACAAGACGGGGAAAGCUGCUGAUUUGAGCUUCUGCCAGCAAGAGAAGCUGCCAAUGACCUUCCAGGCCUGCGUGAUGACCAAGGAGUGCCAGGUGUCCGAGUGGUCAGAGUGGAGCCCCUGCUCAAAAACAUGCCAUGACACGGCAUCCCCUAAAGGCACCCGCAUGAGAACUCGGCUCAUCAGGCAGUUUCCUAUUGGCAGCGAGAAGAAGUGUCCAGAACUUGAGGAAAAAGAGCCCUGUGUGUCUCAAGGAGAUGGAGUUGCCCCCUGUGCUACAUACAGCUGGAAGACCACAGAGUGGACCGAGUGUCGGGUGGACCCUCUUCUCAGUCAGCAGGACAAGAGGCGAGGCAACCAGACUGCCCUCUGCGGAGGAGGGGUCCAGACCCGAGAGGUGUACUGCGUGCAGGCCAAUGAGAACCUCCUCUCGCAAUUGAACACACACAAGGACAAAGAAGCCCCCAAACCAGUGGACUUGAAAUCAUGCACUGGGCCUGUCCCUAACACGACUCAGCUGUGCCACAUUCCCUGUCCUAUUGAAUGUGAGGUUUCACCUUGGACAGCUUGGGGACCUUGCACUUACGAAAACUGUAAUGACCAGCAAGGCAAAAAAGGUUUCAAACUGAGGAAGCGGCGCAUCACCAAUGAGCCCACUGGAGGCUCUGGAGGCUCUGGGAACUGCCCUCACUUACUGGAAGCCAUUCCCUGUGAGGAGCCAUCCUGCUACGACUGGAAAGCGGUGAGGCUCGGCGACUGUGAACCAGACAAUGGCAAGGAGUGCGGUCCAGGCACGCAAGUUCAAGAGGUCGUGUGCAUCAACAGUGACGGAGAAGAAGUUGACAGACAGCUGUGCAGAGACGCCAUCUUCCCCAUCCCCGUUGCCUGCGAUGUGCCCUGUCCCAAGGACUGUGUGCUCAGCAUGUGGUCAACGUGGUCCUCCUGCUCUCACACCUGCUCAGGAAAAACCACAGAAGGAAAACAGAUACGAGCACGGUCCAUCCUGGCCUAUGCAGGAGAGGAAGGUGGUGUUCAGUGCCCAAACAGCAGUGCUCUGCAAGAGGUACGCAGCUGUAACGAGCAUCCCUGUACUGUGUACCACUGGCAAACUGGACCCUGGGGCCAGUGCAUCGAGGACACUUCAGUUUCGUCCUUCAACACAACUGCAGCUUGGAACGGGGAGGCCUCUUGCUCCGUUGGCAUGCAGACAAGAAAAGUCAUCUGUGUACGGGUCAAUGUUGGUCAAGUGGGACCCAAAAAGUGUCCUGAAAGCCUUCGACCUGAAACAGUACGACCCUGUCUGCUUCCUUGUAGGAAGGACUGUAUCGUGACACCAUAUAGCGACUGGACAUCAUGCCCUUCCUCCUGUAAAGAAGGGGACUCCGGAAUCAAGAAACAGACUCGGCACCGGGUCAUCAUUCAGCUGCCAGCCAAUGGAGGCAGGGACUGCGCGGAUCCACUCUAUGAAGAAAAGGCCUGCGAGGCCCCUCAAGUGUGCCAAAGCUACAGGUGGAAGACUCACAAAUGGCGCCGGUGCCAGCUUGUCCCUUGGAGUGUGCAACAGGACAGCCCCGGAGCGCAGGAGGGCUGUGGGCCUGGACGGCAGGCAAGAGCCAUUACUUGUCGAAGGCAAGAUGGAGGCCAGGCUAGCAUCCAUGAAUGCCUCCGGUAUGCAGGCCCUGUGCCAGCCCUCACCCAAGCCUGCCAGAUGCCUUGCCAAGAUGACUGUCAGCUCACCAGCUGGUCCAGGUUUUCUUCAUGCAAUGGAGACUGCGGCGCAGUUAGGACCAGAAAGCGUGCUAUCGUUGGAAAAAGUAAGAAGAAGGAAAAAUGUAAAAAUUCUCAUCUGUACCCCCUGAUUGAGACGCAGUACUGUCCCUGUGACAAGUAUAACGCACAGCCUGUGGGAAACUGGUCCGACUGCAUUUUGCCCGAGGGGAAGGCGGAAGUGUUGCUGGGAAUGAAGGUCCAAGGAGAUGUCAAGGAAUGUGGUCAAGGAUAUCGCUACCAGGCGAUGGCGUGCUAUGACCAGAAUGGCAGGCUGGUGGAGACGUCCAGGUGCAACAGCCACGGUUACAUUGAAGAGGCCUGCAUCAUCCCCUGCCCCUCAGACUGCAAGCUUAGUGAGUGGUCCAACUGGUCGCGCUGCAGCAAGUCCUGUGGGAGUGGUGUGAAGGUUCGGUCUAAAUGGCUGCGUGAAAAACCCUACAAUGGAGGGAGGCCAUGCCCCAAACUGGACCAUGUCAACCAGGCCCAGGUGUAUGAGGUCGUCCCUUGCCACAGUGACUGCAGCCAGUACAUAUGGGUCACAGAGCCGUGGAGCAUCUGCAAGGUGACCUUUGUGAACACGCGGGACAACUGCGGAGAGGGUGUGCAAACCCGAAAAGUGAGAUGCAUGCAGAACACAGCAGAUGGCCCCUCUGACCACGUAGAGGAUUACCUCUGUGACCCAGAAGAGAUGCCCCUGGGUUCUCGAGAGUGCAAACUGCCAUGUCCUGAGGAUUGUGUGGUAUCCGAAUGGGGUCCGUGGACCCGAUGCUCUUUGCCUUGCAAUCAAAGCAAUUUCCGGCAAAGGUCAGCUGAUCCCAUCAGACAACCAGCUGAGGAAGGAAGAGCCUGCCCUGAUGCUGUGGAGAAGGAACCCUGCAACCUGAACAAAAACUGCUUCCACUAUGAUUAUAAUGUAACAGACUGGAGCACGUGCCAGCUGAGCGAGAAGGCAGUAUGUGGGAAUGGCAUUAAAACAAGGAUGUUGGAUUGUGUUCGAAGUGACGGCAAGUCAGUUAACCUGAAAUACUGUGAAGAGCUUGGCUUGGAGAAAACCUGGCAGAUGAACACGUCCUGCAUGGUGGAAUGUCCUGUGAACUGUCAGCUUUCUGACUGGUCUCCGUGGUCAGAAUGUUCUCAAACGUGUGGCCUCACAGGAAAAAUGAUCCGAAGACGAACAGUGACCCAGCCCUUUCAGGGUGAUGGAAGACCAUGCCCUGCUUUGAUGGAACAGUCCAAGCCUUGCCCAGUGAAGCCUUGUUAUCAGUGGCGGUAUGGCCCAUGGUCUGCAUGCCAAGUGCAGGAUGCACAGUGUGGCGAAGGGACCAGAACAAGGAAUAUUUCUUGUGUAGUGAGUGAUGGGUCAGCUGACGAUUUCAGCAAAGUGGUGGAUGAAGAAUUCUGCACUGACAUUGAACCCACUAUAGAUGGUAAUAAAAACGUGGUUCUCGAGGAAACCUGCACCCAGCCUUGCCCAGGUGACUGUUAUUUGAAAGACUGGUCUUCCUGGAGCCUGUGUCAGCUGACCUGUGUGAAUGGCGAGGACCUCGGUUUUGGUGGAAUACAGGUCCGUUCCAGAGCGGUGAUUAUACAAGAACUAGAAAACCAACAUCUGUGCCCAGAGCAGAAGCUGGAAACAAAAUCAUGUGAUGAUGGACAGUGUUACGAGUAUAAGUGGAUGGCCAGUGCUUGGAAGGGCUCUUCCCGAACAGUCUGGUGUCAAAGAUCAGAUGGUGUCAAUGUAACAGGGGGCUGCUUGGUGGUACGCCAGCCUGAUGCUGACAGGUCUUGUAACCCACCGUGUAGUCAACCCCACUCAUACUGUAGCGAGACAAGGACAUGCAGUUGUGAAGAAGGGUACACUGAAGUCAUGUCUUCCAAUGGUACACUUGAGCAGUGCACACUGAUCCCCGUGAUGGUGAUACCCACCGUGGAGGACAAAAGAGGAGAUGUGAAAACCAGUCGGGCAGUGCAUCCAACCCAGCCCUCCAGUAACCCAGUGGGACGGGGAAGGACCUGGUUUCUGCAGCCAUUUGGGCCAGAUGGGAGACUGAAGACCUGGGUUUAUGGUGUAGCAGCUGGGGCAUUUGUGUUACUCAUCUUCAUUGUCUCCAUGAUCUAUCUAGCUUGCAAGAAGCCAAAGAAACCCCAAAGAAGGCAAAACAACCGGCUGAAACCUUUGACCUUAGCCUAUGAUGGAGAUGCUGACAUGUAAGUCGUAACUUACCCUGCAGCUUCCGAUUUCAGCUUUCUGCCUUUGCUGUAGGUAUCCAGAGGCCACAAAGCUAUUCAAACUGUGUGGAUUAAACUACAGUGUUACUUCUUAAAAGAUCAUCAUUAAGGAAGGAGUGAAAAUCACAGUGCCAUUGGAUAUACCAAGACAGUACUGCUUACAUCGAAACCAUCAGCCCUGAGAAUUCUAGGAGAUUUAGUUGAUACAUGAUGCAUUCUGAGAGUUUUAUGUGAUCUUUUCUGAAACCUACCAACUGAUAAUUCACUUUCAUCUCUAAAAACAUGAUGGUGGGAUUGACCAGUUUAGGAUGCCUGAUGCAAGCCUCUGUCUGCAGUUAACCCCUAGUAACAUUUUCGCAUGAAGAGUUUAAUACCAAAAUCUCUACACUGCUAUAUUCAAACAUAACAACAUGCCUACUCAAUUGAAUGAUAUACAUUAUUAUGUCAGAUUAUAUACUUGUUAACAAGCAAUUUUAAUGGUGGCUAAAACUAAGCUCUAAACUGAGCAGAAAACCCAUUGAGUAAAUUCAGCAUCUUGGUGGUUGAUAAUAGUUUCACUGAGCUGCAUUUCCGAGGCAAAGACCCUUUUAUAAGACUUCUUGUCUCUCUCCAAAGUACGAAUGCUGGACAUGUACUAGAACCUUAGAAGAGUCCUCAAGUUCAGUACUUUACAAUGGUUGUUGUCUGGAAAACUAAUUUGCUUGUGUUAAUACAGUACAUUUCUACUUUCCCUAAUUUUCAAACUGGUUGCCUGGAUCUUUUUUGCUAUACGGAAGGCACAUUUUUGCACUAUAUUAGUGCAGCAUGAUAGGCGCUUAACCAGUAUUGCCAUAGAAACUGCCUCUUUUCAUAUGGGAUGAAGACAUCUGUGCUCAAAGUGUCGUGGAGACAUUUACAAGUUCUUGUGUCCUGAAGAGAGUACAAGUUCAGCUGGGAUGGCGACAGGAUGGAGUUAGCUGUUACAUCUGUAUACAUACUUCCUCAUCGCUGCAGCCAUUGUGAUAUCAACAGCAUGGCGAUAACUUCAGUGUUUAAGUCCCGAACUCACUAACCCUCCAAAAGAUGGGUCCCUCUAGCCGGUUUCUAAUUGUACUUUGAAGGCUGUUUAUGACUAGAUUUUUAUAUUUGUUAUCUUUGUUAAAAAAAGAAAAGAAAAGAAAAAAAGGA